AUGGCCUGCUGGGAGCUGGGUAUCCAACUGAAGCGGGACUGGCUCCCGGAAGCUGAGAAAGCGAAGAUCAAGCUCUUGGUGGUCGGCAUUGGCACUUCGCAAAGUGCCAAAGAGUUUGCGGAGCAGGUCGGUUUGCCGCCGGAGAUUGUUUUCGGUGAUGAUGAGGCAGCGUCCUACCAAGCCUUGCGAUUCGUGAAUUCCGACUUUUCGGAGGAUGGUCGACAGCGUGGAAUGCGCAUGAUGACAGAAAAGACCGCACAAGCGGUGAAGAGCAGGGCCAACGGACGCCCCGUGAGCUUCUUCGGCCUCUUCGAUGUGCCAGGCCUCUUCACCAACGAUGACCUUGAGACAGCAAAGGAGAUUUACAAGCCGCUGAUGCCGCAGGGCGACAACUCCUUUGACAAGACGCUUGUGCAAGGCGGCGUGUUAGUCUUCAAUGGGCAGGAGCAGAUCUACAGGCACCGUGAUACCAGUGUGGGCGUACAUGCUGACCUCACUAAAGUGAUGGCUGCAGCAGUAGCCUAG